CUGAGCAGAGUAUUUUGGUAGGGAAGUUGUUUAUUGGUGAGCUGUGCGUCGUCCUGCAAGAAUAUGUUUUUGCACUAAGUUCAUCUCACAUGCUCUCGUUUUUCAUAAAUCUCACUUACUAGUUACUACAUUCUCUCUCUCUCUCUCUCUCUCUCUCUCUCUCUCUCUCUCUCUCUCUCUCACACACACACACACACACACACACACACACACACACGGUGACUGGGAAACAGAUAUGUGGGAUGAUUGCAAAAGAUCAUGAGGGGUUCUCAAAUGUUUGAUUUAUGGCAUUGGAGAAUUCUUGCGUUGUCUCUUCUAGUUCGGGCUCAAUGUUUCGGGCUCAACACCGACGGGGUUCUCUUGCUAUCUUUCAAGUACAGUAUUACAAGCGAUCCAUUCGGAGUUCUGAGGAGCUGGAUUUACCACGAUGAGAAUCCAUGCUCCUGGAAUGGAGUCACCUGCGGAACUCCGGGCUCGGGGGACGCCUAUUUUCGGGUUACUGGCCUCUCGCUCCCGGAUUCCGGGCUUAGGGGCACAAUCCCUGCAACUCUUGGCAUGAUCGAGUACCUUCAAAACCUAAAUCUCUCCGACAAUUCCAUCAAUGGUUCCCUUCCUUUGUCUCUGUUCAGUGCUUCUCAGCUUCAAAUUCUUGAUUUAUCCAACAAUUUGAUCUCUGGCGGGCUUCCGGAGCUCGUGGGGAAGCUGCAAAACCUGCAGCUUCUUAAUCUCUCCGAUAAUGCGCUCGUCGGUAACCUGCCUGUAAAUUUGACGACGAUUCAGAAUUUAACCGCAGUUUCUUUGAAGAAUAAUUACUUUUCUGGUCCAAUUCCUGGUGGGUUUAAUUCAGUUCGAGUUUUGGAUCUGUCUUCCAAUUUGAUUAACGGAUCUUUGCCGCAGGAUUUCGGCGGCGGUAACCUUGUUUACUUAAACGUCUCCUUUAACAGACUCGCCGGAGAUAUCCCGCUGGAAUUUGCAAGCAAAAUUCCUGCUAAUGCUACCAUAGAUCUUUCAUUCAAUAACCUGACAGGCCCGAUUCCCGAUUCUAAUCUUUUCUCUAACCAAGAUUCCAAAUCAUACGCCGGCAAUCCUGAAUUAUGCGGGAAGCAGUUGAAAAAACUCUGUCCCGUUCCGUCUUCCGCCGCCACUCCGCCAAUUGCAUCUGCACCUGCAGACUCUACUCCAGCAAUCGCUGCCAUACCUCAAACCUCGGGCUCAAACCCACCCACCGGCGGAAACCCACCUCAAGGAAAACGAACCGGAUUGAGAACCGGAACCAUCUUGGCUAUCGUCGUCGGAGACAUCGCCGGAAUUGGAAUCCUGGCGCUGAUUUUCGCGUGUGUUUAUCACCGGAAGAGAAGAAAAAAAGCAGAGAAAAACAUCAAACAUGAAGCAGAAAGCGCAAAAGACUUCGACUGGGCGGCGGCCUCUGCAUCAUCCUCGGAGUACAACUGGUUGAGAACGUGGACUUGCUUGAAAAAACAACGACACGCCGCCGAUGGCGAGGAAGAAACAACCACAGAGUCCACGAGCUCCGACGGAGAAGACACCGAAAACCCGCACAAGAAUCAGGGAAUUCAGGCGACCCAAGAGCAGAAACCCGGGUCGCUGGUGACGGUUGACGGGGAAAAAGAACUUGAAUUGGAGACACUGCUGAAGGCCUCGGCCUACAUUUUGGGCGCCUCCGGUUCGAGCAUAAUUUACAAGGCGGUUCUUGAAGACGGCACGACACUGGCGGUCCGUAGGAUUGGGGAGAAUGGCGUGGAGCGGGUCAAAGAUUUCGAGAAUCAGAAUCAGGUUCGGGUAAUUGCCAAACUGGUGCACCCGAAUUUGGUUCGAAUACGAGGAUUCUACUGGGGUACUGAUGAGAAGCUCAUCAUCUAUGAUUUUGUUCCCAACGGUAGCCUUGCCAAUGCCCGUUACAGGAAACCCGGCGCAUCUCCUUGUCAUUUUCCCUGGGAAAUGCGGCUCAAGAUAGCAAAAGGUGUGGCACGUGGACUCUGUUACAUCCACGAGAAGAAGCACGUGCAUGGAAACUUAAAGCCCAGUAACAUUCUACUGGACCUGGACAUGGAGCCCAAGAUUGGAGAUUUCGGGCUCGAAAGACUUGUAACGGGGGAUAACAGCUCUAAGCCCGGUGGAUCGGCCCGAAAUUUUGGUAGCAAGCGAUCCACGGCCUCCCGCGAUAGCUUUCAAGAUUUCACCAGUGGGGCCACUCUGAGCCCGAGCCCAAGUAUGAUAGGCGUGUCGCCUUAUCAUGCACCUGAGUCCCUCCGUAGCAUCAAGCCCAAUCCAAAAUGGGACGUGUUCUCUUUCGGUGUGGUGCUGCUCGAGCUGCUUACCGGAAAAAUCAUCGUAUCGGAUGAGGCGGGCCCCAACUUGAUUGUUGGGUCGUCUACAUCAGCAGACGACGAUAAGGGCAAAGUGUUGAGGAUGGCUGACGUGGCUAUCCGUGCUGAGGUGGAGGGAAAAGAGGAUGCCUUGUUGGCAUUGCUAAAAUUAGGGUAUGGUUGCAUAUCACCUGUGCCACAAAAGAGACCAUCAAUGAAGGAGGUGGUUCAGGCACUUGAGAGGUUUCCAUCUUCAUCAUGCUAGUGAUGAUGAUGAUGAUGAAUGGAUGGAUGCCUACAUGUAUGUAUGGUUGACUGACAUGGUUUUUAAUUUUUUCAAUUUUUGUUUUCUGAGAGAUUCUUGAUUGUAGUGAUGAUCAUAGGUGGGUCUAUGUCUGAUUGGUUGUUGUCUUUUUUAAGAUCAUAACUAAGAUUUUUAAUCUUUGUCUGACAGUAGUUGGUGGGCUAAUUUUGGAGCUGUGUAUUUUUUA